AUGUUUGCAAGAACCCUGGUCGACUUCCCCGCCUCGGCCGCGCUAGUAAAGCGCCUUUGUGCUCACAUAGGGGAGCCAGGAGCAGAGUGUUGGUUGGACGAACAGGAAGCGAAGAAACAAUUCCCAUCCGAAGCUAUACAGCACCUGUCUGGGCUGCAAUACCUCGAAUUUGCCUGUCUUAUCUGGCUGGGCGGCUCUGAGCCACCGGCCCUGCUGUCUGCUGUGUUCGCCUUCUCGAUAGCAACGUCAGUGAGGACCUUUGUCCUGUCGGCGUUCACUUUCGAAUCAUUGAAAGAGCUCGUGGAUCACCUGGAGAAAUUCAAGCAUAUCCGAUCUCUGCAGUUGAGCGUGACCUACUGGAUAGACCUCGACGUACCUGGUCCUCAUGAAAUCAGCGCUGAUUUCCUACGCGGAUUGACUGACUUGGAGCUCAGUGACAAUAUGGUCGAAGACGAUCUGAUUCGAAUCAUACCCCCUACAAUCAAAACCCUCAAACUGGGGCCACGUACAGAAUAUCGCAACACGGAGGAGGGUGACCCCGAUGAAUCAUAUGAAGCUCUUGCGCGAUGCACGGAGCUCGAAUCGCUCAUUCUGGAAACCAGAUUCAAUGACGAAAUCGAGUGGUUCAAGGAAGCCCUGUCCUGCGCGCAGUGCCCCAGCCUCCGUACGCUCUCGCUGAUUUACCGCAGCGACUCUGGUAAAUCUGUGCAGGAGACUGCUGACCGUAUACAUCUUCCGGCGUUGGAUGAUGUUUUGUCACACGAGCCGUUCCUGGGCGUUCAAGAAAUAUCCGUGGAAAUGGUCUUCUACACCGGAGACCAGGAAGAAGCGGAUACCAAGGCGCAGCUCAUGAAGCAAUACAUCCUCGACGGGCUCACCCGAUGUCAAAAUCGUGGUGUGCAGAUACAUGCCAACUGUCGAGGCCAUGAACUCGAGGCAUUACGCAGCCAAAAUAGUAGCCAGCGUGUAUGA